CGCGUGUUUGACUUGUCUUUUACCUUGCAUGACUUUGUCUGUUACUCUGUUCUGUUUUGCUUACAUUACUAUUUGAUUUCCUUAUUCUUCCUCUCUUUUGCAGGCCGUAUUUCACUUACUGGAUCUCAUUCGUUCAAACCACAGUCCUCAUUAUAACCCUCGCUGUGUAUGGUUUUGCUCCAGUCGGGUUUACCGUCUCAGAACAAGUCGCUAGGGUGAGCUCUUCAACUCCGAAACUACAGGGUGUAUUUGACAGCAGUAUAUAUAGUCUCGAAUUAAUGAAUGCGUGAAAACACAAGGUCUUCUGCACACGGGAAUUUAGGAUAACUUCUAUUUGUGUGAACAAAUACACAACUCAAAGAAAAAUGUUUAAAGUAAACAUUAUUCAAGUCUGCAUAAGAUAUAAAAUGGGCCAGCUUACUGCAGAGCAACGAAUAUUUAAAAGGUUAUUGGCAGGGGUUUCAGAAUAAACCGGCGGCCGGCGGAGUUCCGCCGGCUACUUGAACUUUUACCGCCGGCUACUUUUCGUCUGGUCACAGGAAAAAUGUUAUAUACUAAGGUAGAAACGAACCAACACGAUGUUUGUUAUGUUCCAAUUGGAAUUCAAGUAGGCCUCGAAUUUCCCUGAAAUCAAUCGACGGCAAUGGCGUUAAAAAUCGCCGUAGAACGUAACAGCUGUCUACGGCAAUUUUGUCAGUUUCCAAAAUUCCACGGCAUUUUUUCAAAUUAUUGUAAUAAAAAUUUAAUUUGAUUAGUGUUACUUUGGAUUGCUGACAAGCUAGAAACAUGUUUACGUAUUUCUUUAGUGUUUUUUUUUUUCGAAGAAAACUGAGACUAAAAGUCUAAAAUAGUAAUUUACGGAAAAUUUGAUCAACAUCUGAAUUCAAGUAUCAAAAUAGUAAUGCACAGUGAACAGUUUAAAAAUUAUACUAUACGGCAAAAAAAAAAAUGCAGUCGUUGCCGCAAUGAUCCACGGCAUUUUGUUCUCUCUCUACGGUAAUUGGCGCGAUAUGAAAUUCAAGCCCUGAAUUCGAGCAAAACAUCACUUAUUUUGGAAGAUCAAUAAGAUAAAUUAUAAUACAUAGUACCAAACAUAGCAAAAGAAAGAAAAAGUGAUAAAGUGAAGUUCAUUACGUACAUAUAAGUAUAACAUCAUUUGAUUAAUGAUUUCGGACUCGUAAAUUAAUACUAUUCCUGUAGUGUACAUUGUCAUUUGCAUUUAUACAGGUAAGUGACAAUGUCAAUACUUUAAUGUCGUUAUAGUGACAAUGUCAAUACUUUAAUGAACAGAAAGACAUCUAAAUCUAACAUGUUAACAGUUGUACUUUGUCUUUUUACUUAUUCUAUAUUAUUUGAUUGUUAAUUUGCGAUUUGCUAUAUUAUUGGAUUUGUUAAUUUUUAAAUUUUCAUGCGAGGGCACGCUCCCCUCCCCGCGCGAUUUUUUAACUAUCAGUCACAGCCGGCUACUUUUUUUGGUACAACCUCCUACUUCAAAUCAUUCUGAAACCCCUGUAUUGGCUAAUUUGAAUUUGAAAGGUUGUUUACACCCUGUUUUUAUACACCCUGUAAAACUAAACUAAACUGCAGUGUGUAUAAAAAAAACUGACCCCUUUCAAAUUUAAAUUAGCUAUAACGUAUUGUAGUAAUUUGACAGCUCUAAUUGCUUUGAAUUAAUGGUUAGGUUGUUUGGGUAAAAACACAAGGUCUUGUACUCAUGGGACAAAACUCAAAGAAAUAAAAAUUGGAAAAUUUAAAAGAAAUACAGUAUUUCUUUUAAAUUUUCUAAUUUUUAUUUCUUUGAGUUUUGUCCCGUGAGUACAAGUGAGUUCUUACCCAACCAUUAAUUCACGUGAGUUCUUACCCAACCAUUAAUUCAAAGCAAUUAGAGCUGUCAAAUUUAUUCAAUACGUUAUAGCUAAUUUGAAUUUGAAAGGGUUCAGUUUUUUUUAUACACACUGUAGUGUAAUUUACAAAAGCAGUAAUUGGUUUACAUAUCUUAUAAUAUUUUUUUAUUUUUAUCACUUUAUUUCGUACGUUUUAGGUUCACAGAAGCCGUGGUGGUUACUUGUCAGAAGAGAAAGUUGCAACUGAAUUUCCGGACAACUUUUGGAUUGGCCCUUCAAGAGUAAGUCAGUGAUGACCGGGUAUCCCCCCAAAAAUACUGGACACUGUUUGAAUUCAUGUGACGUAUAAAAGCUAUGAAAGCUAUCACAACAUGCUUUUAGCCAGGGUCCUGAAAGAGGGCGUCCAAUUUUGGUAUAACGAAACAUCUACAGUAAAGAGGGUUGAGAAAACGUUCCUUUGGAAAAUCUUUGAAGUUUACGUUACUUCAUGUCAGUAUCUGUUCCAAGCUCGUUCGAAAUUUUUCAAACACACUUGGCUUUGUGAGUUUGUGCCGCUAUGCUUCUUUACUUAAAGAUGAUGUCCACUCCGUUCUGCGCAUCAGUUCUGCUCAUAAGAAAGGGGGACCCCCAGAUAUGAAUAUUGCCCAAAUUUUGCAUCUUUCGAACUUUUUUGAAUUGAAACGUAGAGUUUAUAUUCAUUUACAAGCAUAGCGAACCAGAAAAGUGUUAGAUAUUCAGUUAGUAUAUCAUAUUUUACAAAUAUAGCAGUUCAAAAUGUAAACAAAGUUUGUGCAUGUGCACAGGGGUGGACAUCAUCUUUAACUACGACAUUUUCAUUCAGCAUGCAGGUACAACAUCAUAUUGAUCAAAAUGUCAAAUACAUAAUAACAAUGAGAAUUGAAGCUAUUUCGUUUCAGAUAUAUUAAUAUACUUUGGGAAAUAAUUGAAAAUAAUUUCCCUUUCCCCCAGAAUUUGGGUGUCCAAAGGCGUCCACUUUUCGUUCUGGGGCGUCCCAGGACGCCUGGACGCCCUUCUGGCUAAAAGCCUGUAUCACAAUGAAAUAUAGAUCAUUGCAUUCAGAAAGGACUAUCUUAGAUUUUGAUAUAUAGCACUUUAAUUUACAUGCAAUAUUGUUGCAUUACGCAUCGUUGCCGGGGACAUUUGAAGCUCUGGAUUAACAAAAUAAAGGUUACAACUAUGUUUUAACUUAAAUAGAAUACAUGAUAGUGUUGGGAAAGCAUUAAAAACCGUUAAGGAAAAAAAAAUAUGUGGGUUUCCUAUUUCUUCUUGUAAAAACUUAGGUAGGGUAGGUCGGUUUCAACUUUUUUAAAAAUUUUUUUUUAAAUUUUCCUAACAAUCGGAUGCCGUGUUUGUUGUUUAGUCAGUGCUUCCACAUCCAAAGAUAGAUUUCCCUAAUAUUGCCUCAAAUUUCCAUUUUCUACAAAUGUUUUCCUCUAAGUGGAAACACUUACAAGCAUGAUCCAAUAAAAAGGUUAGGGUCGGGAUUUCGGCGUCCAAAAGUUAGGUAGGGUCGGGAAACCGGAAACCCACAUAUUUUUUUUUGGCCUAACCAAGGUCGCAUCACUGCCAACUCUCGUGCACUCUCAUCUGGGCUUAACGUGCUAAAUUUGGAUUAGCUUUUUUAUACGCUCUGUAUAACUAUUUCACCAUCCAGGACGCCCUGAUUCAGCUUGGAGCGAAGUACGCGCCUUGCAUGAGGAAGGACAAAGAAUUGCAACGUUUGUUGGACAAAGAGCAUCAGGAAGAAGCCGAAACUGGAUGCUGUAUUGGAACUGAUCAAAAUGGUUGUAUACAAACCUCUCAAGACCAAUGCAAGGUAGGAAACCCAGUAAGGAUCCUCUUUUAUUGAUCCAGUGUUGCUACAGGAGGAUAACCUAAACUAACUUUAUUUAUACUGGAUAGCUCUAUCAGUUCUAAACUGUUCUCCCUAGAGGUCCAGUAAGGGUCAUCUCUUGUUGAUCCAGUGUUACUACAGGAGGAAACCUAAACUAACUUUAUUUACACUGGAUAUCUCUAUCAGUUCUAAACUGUUCUCCCUAGAGGUCCAGUAAGGAUCCUCUUUUAUUGAUCCAGUGUUGCUACAGGAGGAAACCUAAACUAACUUUAUUUAUACUGGAUAGCUCUAUCAGUUCUAAACUGUUCUCCCUAGAGGUCCAGUAAGGGUCAUCUCUUGUUGAUCCAGUGUUACUACAGGAGGAAACCUAAACUAAACUAACACUUCUUUAUUAUGGUUAUUUUCUCAUUUCUUGUUCAGAAAACAUUUUCUACUUUACGCAAGUACACGCAGACCAACACAUCCAGAGCUGUUUGUGGGCAAGACCCCAUGUAAGUAGACGUGCUUUAGUCUGCGAACAGGCUCUUUUAGUCGAGUGCAGGUUAGCCGUCCCAAGAGAUGGGUAAAUGUCAACAUUUUGAGCUUCUCGCUCAUAGAGAUUAUAAAUAACACUAGACAUGACGAGAGGAGGCAUCGAGUUUAAAAAUUAGGAACGCAGCUAAUGGGGGGCAAAUUCAAGUCCCGGAUAUAAAAUCGUGCCCUCAUUGGCUGAUUUGAAACUCGUCACCAAUAGGAACACGAAUACACAUCCGGGACUUGAAUUUGCCCCCCAAUAGUCGCGUUCCCUUUUUUUACUGAAUUAAGAUUACAAUGCCUCCUCUAGUGUUUUUAUAAUCUAUAUGAGUGCGCCUCAGUUGUUAGUUACGUCAUAGUUUAUUAGUAUGUACUGAAUUUUAUAGCGCGUGUGUUGAUCCACCCUCAGUAGAGCCAAACAAAUGGCCUCCGUACGACAUUACCAAGUGGCCGGUAAGUAAUAGACGGGGCUCAAAAUAACGGGAGAUAGGUCCCCUGUGAAAAUGACCGGUCAACAUGAUUUUAGCUCGGUCAAAAUAGGCUGGAUCGAUAUACCGGAUAUAUCCGAUAUACCGGUAUUUGUUUAGAUACCGGUUUGGCGAUAUUGACAAUUUAAAAAUACCGAUAUACCGACAUUUCUGUAUUUUGCUGCCUAAUACCGAAAUGAAACGCUCUUUCAAGUCAAACUUGCUUACAAUCACGUUUAGAAAGCAAAGUUAAUACUCACAGAUGCAUGAUUUUGUUCUUACAGUUCUAGCGGCUUUGGUUUAGCAAUACCAGACGUCUUGUUUAUUAAAUCGCCUUAAUCGGAAAUAUAAAAAUGGCGAAAUUUUUAAAGGAAAAUUUCGACAAAAAAGAAAACUUUGAUUUUGGAAGGUGGAAGUACUAGCAUUUGCAAAGUAGCGAAAACCUUUCCUGGCUUUUCAAGUUUUUUUUACAUGCUUGCUAACUUGUUUAUGUGUUAGUUUUAAAAAUGCAACGUUUUUUAUGUUUAUAACUAUUAGCAGCUUACUGAAACACUAUCUGAAUUUAUAUACAAAACGAAUAUUUUUCUGAAUAAUUCAACACUUCGACGCCCAAUCGACGGCCUACUAAUAAUUGCCGCUUAGCGCUGUUAAUUGUUAACAUAGCUUGAUAAUGCGAAUCUUGUGACAUUUGCACUAAUAACAGUAUGUGCCACACUAAUAUUUUGUCAAAAAUUGAUUUUUCUUGACGGUCAGCACUUCAGUUUGGCUUAAAAAAAACACGUUAAAAAUACCGGAAUACCGGUAUUUACCGGUAUUCUGAUGGCAGUAUAUCGGUAUUCGGUAUUUGCGAUAUCGAUCCAGCCUAGGUCAAAAUCCGGUCAUUGAUACGCUUACACUAACAGUAAAGCAAACUAUUAGAAACUUGUUGCGAUACAUCAUAAUUUCAUGUUGUAAUUCAAGACGUCAGCAAUCACAUUGGAAGGCAUGAAAAUGUGGCCAGUCAAGAGGCAUUUUUGACCGGCCGUUGCCUGGACUAAUAGAUAUUUUGACCUUAUUUGGGCCGAUUACAUGGAGCGAGUAAAUGGGAGUUGUUCCAGCUACGGUAUAAGGAAGUUAACUUUUGAACGGUCUUGCAAAUCCCUUGAGGGAAUUUGCAAUGUUGCUAAAAGCCGAUUAAAUUUUCCUCAGUUCCUGUUAGACGUUCUUAACUUCCUGUUACAAGUUCCCAACUUCCUGUUGUGUUCUGCACGUUGCAAUUGGCUAACAAAAAUAUUCCAUCAAUAACAACGCUCAGAACAGAACAGGAAGUCGGGAAAUUAAAACAGGAAGUUAGGAAAAUUUAAAAUGAAGUUUGUUUGCAUUGCAAUAAGUGCAACAGCCGAUAUGAACAUUGCAAAUUCCCUCAAAGAGUUUUUCAAAUUUGCAAAACUAAUGAGGAAAUUUUCAACGUGUGUGAUUUUUUAGCCCGCUUUGCUGGGACAACUCGGCAGAAUCCAAUUACAUAGAGAGAAUGCGUUAUUUUCUACUCGACUAACCGAGUUAUCUCGGUUGUCAACAGGUGAGAUCCCGGCUAGGCAAGUUGGCCCGUUUCUCAUUUAAUCGCAUUAUUGUUUUUAAUAGUAUUUACUAUUGAAGCCGCGGUAUCGGUAAAAUUGUCCCACCUAGGCUAGCCGGAACAACUUGGCCCAUGUAAUCGGCCCUGCUAAAUGGCAAACUUCUUAGGACAAUUUCUGUAUUAAAAUUGAAGCAUGUAGUAGCUACUUAGUUGUCGAAAACCUGCAGAACAUACCUUCAAAUGCGAUUAGCGGUUUGCCGUAAAGGUCAAUCUUAAAGUCUUUACUCUUUAGGAGGAAAUUUUUUUGUAUGCUACGUAUUAACACGCGCUCAAAACUAAUGAGUGUACCAGUACUUGCUGUUAUGACUAUACAUCCAACAUUUUUAUUUUUCGAUACGUUUCUCAAUCGGCAAACAAACUUAAAAAGUAUGUUUAGUCUUUUAUCUGUAAAAUAAUGCCAAAAUGAAGAGUUUUAGAUGGUACGCCAAAGAGAAAAUGAUGUCUGAAGUUCAGCAGGUUUGGCUUAUAUGACUGUAAAUAUGGCGUCAUUUUCAAAGCGUCAUUGAUAAUUGUAUUUUAAUUGACAAUUUUUUGCUAUUAUUUUAUGUUUCUCAACUGGCAACUAAUGCAUUUAAAAAGGUUGCUAACUGUAUAAACUAGAGAAUAAAGUUAAAACAAAGCAAUUUUGAGAUGCACGCCAAAAAUAUUUUCGGUUUUGAACACUUUCUAUCGCAAAUACGUGACAUAGAAAAAAAUUGCCUCUUAAUUAUACUAGGAAUUAAACGUCGAGAUGAAACGCAUCAAACACGUCCAAACUCAUGUUGUCUGUGGGAAUGAUUUUGGAUGAGUACAUUUUAUUUUUCUUGUAAAGAUUUGUAAAAAAUUAACAGAAGAAUCGAAGAACGACACGACGUCGCCUCACUUGAAUUGUAAGAUAACUGGUCGGCCAUGUUGCAUACGUGACCAGGCUGAGUGCCGUAUCGUUAGCCAGGAAUAUUGUGAGUUCCUGAAUGGCGUCUAUCACGAUGAGGCCACAUUGUGUUCACAGGUGAGUAAAUAAUGGUUUCAUCUAAAAAAGUUAGGGAACUUGAUACAGACAUAAAUAGUCAUUCCGAAGUUGAUGAAAGGACUGGGGACGAAUGUUAAAAAGUGCCCAAGUUAAGAAAUCACUAAAAAGACCACCUCAAAGUAUACAAAGUUUGAAGACAUUUACAUGAAUACCCUUCGAACAAUAAGCUUUCGAAAAUCGCGAUAUUUACUAUGAAAUGUACUGUAAUUUUUGUUUUUGGGAACGCGCGUCCCAAAACUUUUAAUCAGUAAUUUCACAAUUUAUUAUUCGAAGGGUAUUCAUGUAAACGUCUUCAAACUUUGUAUACUUAGGAACCGGUCAUUAUUUAUGGUGGGGGGGUGGCACCGAAGAGAAAUGUUUUUCGUGGCAAACAUUUUGCUGACCCAACUAUUAUAAAGUCAAAAAUUUGAUUACCCAACCUCAAAUAUCAAUUAAAAAAUAAAUACCCAUUCAGUUAUCACAUAUCUCCUUUACCACUUCUGUGACACGAGUUUCAAUUAAACGGCUUGUGAAAUUUUCUGCACAUGUACUUUCUUUGUUGUCUGCACAUAUACUUUCUUUGGAGACAUGCACCAUUUGUCUACCAAACGAUUCACAUAUUGUAUUGACAUAUGACUGCUGACACUCUAAUUGAUUCACAUAUUGUAGUGACAUACGACUGUUGACAUUGCUUUUCAGUCUCCAAUAUCAGUGAGUCAUGUUUUGGAAAUGACAAUAAAUUUUCAUUACCAAACCCUUGCAUUGUUUUGGUUUUCAUUUACCCAACCUUUUACUUACUCAAAAUUUUGUUUACCCAACCUUUUUCUCUUCGGUGCCACCCCCCGCCAUAAAUAAUGACCGGUCCCUUACUAAUUUUGAGGUGGUCGUUAUAGUGAUUUUGGUUCAUUUCUUAAUUUGGACACUUUUUAACACUCGUCCCCAGUCCACUCAUCAACUUCGGAAUGGCUAUAUAGACCCAUCCUCGUUCCCAGGGCUUCUCGGCUGCCUGCGUUGCAGCCGAGAAGCCCUGGGAACGAGGAUGAUAUAGACCUCAUUAUCUAUGUUUUUGUUUGGUUUAUGCUAAAAAAUAGUCGGUUCAUCGUCGCGUGUGUAUUGUAUUUUCGCCAGAGCAACCAAUAGCUAUGUUUUCGUUUAACCAUUGUGUAAUAUCACGACUGGGUAAUUAAACCAAAACAUUGCUAUUGCUUCAAUUUGGUUGGUUAUGCGAAAAAACAAUACACACCUGACGAUGAACCGACCAUUUCUUGCAUAAACAAGACAACGUAGAUAAAUGAGGUCUAUUAUAAUGUUUGUGAUGUUACUCUGAGUGUAUAUCCACACCAGACAGGCUUGAAAAAUAUGCCUGGCCACGGUGGGAAUCGAACCUACGACCUUUGGAAUACUAGCCCAAUGCUCUCCCAACUGAGCUACGCAGUCAGGUCGGUUCGAGUAUGUGAUAUGUCGGAACGGAGUCUAUUUCCUUCGACAUCAAUGUAAUCUAAUAAUCAUUAACCAAAAAAAAUCAUGAUUAUUAGAUUACAUUGAUGUCGAAGGAACUAGACUCAGUUCCGAAAUAUCACAUACUCGAACCGACCUGACCGCGUAGCUCAGUUGGAAGAACAUUGGGCUAGUAUUUCAAAGGUCGUAGGUACGAUUCCCACCGUGGUCAAGCAUAUUUUUCAAGCUUACCCGGCGUGGAUAUACACUCAGAGUAACAUCACAAACAUCCUAUUCACCUGAGUACGUAACACCAACACAGAAAAAAUCGAGGUCUAUGUAUUAUGUCUGCAUCGAGUUCCUUCUAGCAAUAUCGUGCAGCAGAUGAUGGGCAACCUGCAGUUAUCAGAGCGAAAAAUAAUAUUGAAGAAUUCAGUUUCAUUUGUUUGAUUUGGUGAGCACGAACGUGUCGGUUGUUUGCUCUUGUUGUCAAGUGUUUCCCUUCAGGAAAUAAAGCCAUUCCGUUGAUUGAUUGUUCUUAUUCAGCCUUUGCCGAAGUGACGUCAUUGAUUUCUUAACUUCACGUAAUAUUUCCGCAUGACUGCAAGACCCGAAUAUAAGGCCUGUUUCAUACAUCUCACUAUCGUCGAAUUUAAUUCAGACGAAUUUAAUUGAACGAAUUAAAUGCGACGGUAGUACAUCGUAUGAAACGAAUUAAAUUCGUCCGAUGAAUUAAAUUCAUCCAAGACGUUUUAUCCGUCAUGGUCAGACGGAUACAACGUCUGCAACGCGUCUUCGUUUCAUACGACGUGUUAUCGUUGUGUCGAAUUAAAUGCAUAAAUUAUGUUAAAGUCUGUUUCUCUCUUUCUGAUCUCGUGGUUUUUACUUCCGGGUAGUCCAUGAUCGCUAGACAUGAAAUGAAUUCGUCUGAAUUAAAUUCGUCGUUUGAAACGAAACCAUUUUAGUGUCGAAUUAAUAAGGAAUUUAAUAACGAAUUAAAUUCGUCUGAAUUAAAUUCGACGUAUGAAACAGGCCUAAGUGUCAAUAUUUUUGCAGGUGACCAGUGGUGCCGCCAGGAUUUUUUUUUUUGGGGGGGGGCGUGAUAAUUUGUGAAGUCACAAUUCUAGAGGUGUCCGGGGGCAUGCUCCCCCAGAAGGAAAUUUAGUUUUGAAUUUCAAUCUUGUUUCUGUUUUCCAGGUUGAUUGUCUGGGAGCUACGUGUGGUCUACUGCCAUUUCUACAUCCGGAAACUCCAGAUCAGAUCUAUAGAUUGUGGUUGUCGUUGUUUUUGCACGCCGGGUGAGUUUUGUAAACUUGUAGCAUCGGCUUCGGUGGCACAGUAGUCAGAGCAUGCGCCUUUCACCUCUGAGUUCGUGGGUUGGAUUCUCACAACAGACUCAUGUGAAAAGAGUCAGUCAACGCUCUGUCGAAAGUCGUGGGUUUUCUCCGGGCGCUCCGGUUUCCUCCCACAGGGAAAGUUGGUUUUUUUUAUUAUUAUUAAUGGUUUAAGAUACACACCUUCGCAAUAGAUUGAAUUAUGGUGCGUUUACAAAAUUGGUACGCUAUAUAUUUACAUAUAUAAAGAAUUAAGUUGCAUGCAUCAAGUCUAAAAAUCUUAUUGAAUUGCAUUAAAAUCAUCGUAAUUAAGUAUCAUGCUUAAGUUUCUUUACUAUAACUAUUAUAUAGAGCUACUGUACUGGGAAAAAAGCUACGGCGAUAUCUUUCUGUUCGGCAUUUUAUUGUUGUUAAUGUGUUAGAGUUUCUAAGUUCAUAAUCAUUUGAACUAGCCCUAGACAAUGGAACAUAUUUUGACAGUGGUCCUUCAAUUUCUAUGCGUUUCAUAGUAUUGAGGCAAUGUCGUUCUCGCCUUUCAUCCAAUCUGGAACACCCAAGUUGUGCUAAUGUUUCCCUAUAAGAGUAACCCGGUAAAAUGAUCCUCAGCGCUCGUUUUUGCACUCGCUCUAAAUCAUCGGCGAGGUACAAAGGUAGAGCAUGAUGCCAUACCACACAACAGUACUCCAGAACCGAUUGUAUUAAGGCAAAGUAUAUACUCAAUAAGUCUUCCGCCGGGACACCACCUCGUCGUAAUAUGCGGAUGAUAUAUAAGGGGUUAGGAUAAACACAGUUAAGAAAGUAAUAUCACAAUUUUUGUUGUAAAGAUAAAAUAGUCUAGGCUAAGUAUGUAAUUAGGUAAGCGUAAUACUUGAUGUAAAGCGCAUUUGAUCAGAUCCACAUGGAAAUUUGCACUAUAGAAAUGCUAAUCGCGACAAAGUGACGACAUGGUUGUUAUAAGACCAGGGGUCGGUUGUUCAAAGGUGGGUUAGCGCUAACCCUGGGUUAAAAGUUAACCUGCUGUUUUAGUUUGUGUAUUUCUGCACGUCUGUUUAUUUCAAAACUUCAGACAAGUAAACUCCUAUCGAUCCAGACAAGAUCUCUGAAGAAAUAUUUCCAAAUUUAUAGACAAGCUGUCAGCAAGUUUGCUUUGAAUUUUAGGUUAACCUAGGGUUAAGCUAACCCAGCUUUGAACAACCGGCCCCUGGUUAGGAAACCCGGCAAACUUCAAAGAAAUUACGCUAUAUGAACAAACAUGGAGGUUGAACAGUCAGUUUGACCCUGCAAAUAUUGGUUUUAAUCAAUGAGAAUUGACCAAACGAUGUAACACAAACAUUCUCCAUCGAAAAAUGGUGGUAAUACUUCGUUAUUUGCAAAAUAUGCCGUAAAAUAUAGCCCUGGUAGGCAAAACAAACGCUUGGUACCCAUUUCCUUCGCCAAGCUUUCUGAACUGAUUAUUGUCAAACAAUAGAAAGACAAAGGAUUUUUCAACCGUGACCUUGCACAAGGUACACAAUCACCUAAAACAAAGGGUUUCCAAACCAUGUCAUAUAUAUUAACUAUAUGGUGACGAUUAUCAAUCCAAUCACGUUUAGGAUUCUUCAUCUGUGCAUCACACUCGCAUUUCACUUCACAAUUCUCAAAGACAUGGAGAAGAUGGCGGGAUGGCAUAGAAUUGCCAUCAUUUACAUAUGCAGUGGGAUUGGAGGAAAUCUUUUGAGCGCCAUUGUUACUCCCUAUCAACCCGAGGUAAGAUUUCGAGAGGAGAAUUUAUUAUGUGCAACACCAACAUAAUCGUGGUAUGAUACAUAGGAGUAAAUGAACUUUUGAUUUAGGUGACUGAGUUAAAAAUGUCCUAAGACUAUUGUACAUGAGUUUUUGAUAAAGUCCUAUUAUACUCUAAAAACACUCUGGUUAAAUUCAACCAGGAAUUGGGUUAAUAAUCCACCCAACACGUUCUGGUUAAAUUUAACCCAUUUCCUGGUUAAAAAUUAUCAAUUCAACAAAAAUUUGAUACACUUUUUUGGACUUUUAACCAGGAAAAUGGUUAAUUUAUUUUAACCAGACUUGUGUAGGUGGAUUUUUAACCCCGUACUGGUUGAAUUAACCCAAAUUUAACCAGAGUGUUUUUAGAGUGUAAGGUUGAGCCUUGUUCAAACAAGGACGAAAGUUGCUCGCGUUUGGCUGCAAGCUCGAACUCAUCAACUCUGGAACAAUGAUACCAAGCAUUAGGAUGGUAUAUGUGAGUGAAUUAUAGGUAGCACCCUUCAUGGACAGGCUAACAAGCUAGGUCGCAUUAAAUAUCAUAUGAAUUUCACAAAACCUACUUCGGAUAUUCAGUAUUUUUUUCUUCGACAGGUCGGUCCUUCGGGUGCUUUGUUUGGAAUCAUCGCUUGCCUCCUUGUUGAACUAGUUCAGAACUGGCAAAUCAUCAAAAGGCCUUGGGAGAACGUUCUUAAACUUGGCGUCCUGACUGCACUCCUGAUUGUAAUUGGCUGUUUCCCAUGGGUCGAUAAUUUUGCUCAUUUAGGUGGGCUAAUGUUUGGGACAUUGCUGGGCUUCGCCUUUCUACCUUACAUUACGUUUGGAAAAUGGGACAGACGUCGGAAAAUUAUACAAAUAGUCGUCUCCAUUGGCUUGAUAAUAGCCAUAUGUAUCGUAUUGUGUAUAGUGUUUUUCGUGGAUCAGGACAGUACGUGCGCUGGAUGUCAUUAUAUAAACUGCAUUCCAUUUACAGAGGACUUCUGUUCGCCAUCGUUGCGUGGUCGGGGCCUGGAUCCCAGAAUUUUGAAAGGAUAAGGAAGGAUAAUUAUGAACACGGGUGGAUCGUGCUGGAUAACAGGCAAUACGUAGACAUCAAGGCAGGGUACUUGAUAGGAUAACAGGCGAUAUUUUGGUACUGUAAAUGAAAAGUGUUAGUGUACGUGAACACAGACAUGCUAUUAGGAUAAUAGGCAUUGUGCGGGUACAGGACAACAGUUGAUAUUUUUUUAAAUGCACAUGGUGAAAUGAUGGAUACAUUGGGAUAGACAUGAACACAAAGUACACCAAUAACAAGAUUCCUAGUUGUGCUGUGGUAGACUGGAGUGAUAUACAAACAGGUAGCAAAUAUUUAAGAUCUGCUGCUUUUAUUAAAUGUUUUAUUUUGUACCAAUAGAAAAUUAGUGAAGGCAAUUCACAUGUUUGGAUAAAUCACAUUCCUAGUUUAAUAUUAUUGUUUAGUUUCCAGGGAGCAUUGAACAGACAAAAAUUCAUGUUCGUACUUGAACGAAUAACACGUACUAAGUAUCCUCGCGGAAAGUACUUAGCCAUGGUUAUACCGUGUUUGAGGCCUGUUUCAAACGUCGCGCUUCUCAUGUGCCGAACACAUUAGAAAAAAUAGAUAAUGAGGCAUUUCAGCUGACCAUCUAUUGUUUUUAAUGCGUUCGGCACAUGAAAAGUUCGACGUUUGAAACUGGCCUGAGAUAUUGGCUUUAGUGCUCUUAUCUUGUUACUGAUUACCAAAUUAUAAACGUGUCUCUUAUAUUCACUGAUAUAACUACAUGGUGUCAUAAAUGUGUCAUUUGUAACAAGGUAAAUGACUUUAACUAUAGAAAUAUUAGACCUAUACAAUGCGUGCUCCUAUCCUUUCUCAGUUAAACAAGUGACGCCCAUUGAACUACAAGUAAACGUUUAUUUAUAGUUCAAUGGUGACGCCACAUUAACUGUUCAAAAUGGCCGAUUUAUAAGGGCAAAUUUAUAAUCUCGCCCCAUGACCUAAACGGUGUAUAGGCGUAUACACUGCCCCUUGGGCGAAUCCAACAUGGCCGAUUUGUUUUCAGUUUGGACACCAGUCACAUGACCAAACACGCAUUCUAGGUCUAAUAUUUCUAUGGCUUUAACCCAAUAUCUCAAUCAUGAAAGCAAGGCCUAUAGCCAAGAUUGAGAACUUCCCGGAAGGAUGCGAAGGAUAUACAGUUACCUGAAAAUAUAAGCAGAACUUUCCGACGCAAGGCCAUUGCUCGCAACGUCGAAGGUUUACUUAUAUUUUCACGGGUACAUCACACCGAUCGUUCGAGAUUUUAUACAUAAUUCCAAUGCAGUGGCGUAAUGGAGGAAGAUGAGGCCCUUAGCCAUAUUUGGUGUGGGGGCCCCUGUUGACUGUUAUCAUUGUUUGACUGAGAUAUUAUAUUUAUAUUGAAUAUUUAUAGAAUGUUGUGGAAAAUUCCAUGUCUAUAACAAUAACAAUAUAACAGUCCCCAACACAUGUAACAACUAAUAAGAAUAAUUUUUGUUUUAUUUGAGAUGGAAUAAAAAAAUGAGUUACCGUUGUCGAUGGAAGUUUAACUUUGCAUUUUCCCAUUGAUUCUUAACCUGCAUUUUUUACGUUUUCUAAUUUUCUGGGCGACAGGCCGUGGCUGAUCGGGCCCCUAACUGUCGGGGGAACUAACCCUACCUAAUGAGCUUUACGCCACUGUUCCAAUGCUAAGUUACCGUAUUCUUUGCUUUCGUAAUCUGGAAGUGAUCAGGCAUGUGAAUUAUCCAAACUUGUGGAUUGGGUCGCAACAUUAUAAACGUGUAAUGUGUAAUUUUAGAUAGUCAUUUGAUAUUUGUUUGCUAAAAUAAUUUAAGCUGUUUUUUAUAAACAUGGAAUGUUUUAAUCAACGAUAUUAAAGUGCUUAUCAUACGUCCUGCUAGAGCGCACAGCUGACUUGAAAAUGACCGUAAAGUAUUUGUCCAGUUAGAUAUAGAGGGCACUGCAUCGAAUUGGAAAUAGUUACUGGGGGGGAGGGUCAAUCUCAUCUCCCUUGGCAACUUUUCAACCCAGUCACACGGCCCACUGAAUUGCAAAAUCUGAUUCCCAGUGCUCGAAAUCCUAGUUUCGCAGCAGAAGGAAUUGUGAGGGGUAAUUGUGACUAGGAGAGGUUCCGCGUGACUGGCCACAUUCCAAUAUCAUAUGUAAUACGAUACCACAAUGUACAUGUUUACCAUUGACAAAUGGCCCAAAACACCUGAGUGCAAUUUAGUUCUAAUGUUACGUGUUGUGGACUUUUAGUGUUAUGUCUAGCUGGAAUGGACCUCAGGGCCGUUUGUUCGAAUGCCGAUUACACAGGCAAAAAUCUCACAUCUUGUAGCAAGUCUGCCAACAAGCCGUCAACAAGUUGUCUUCGCACUGCUUGUCACAAGUUGUCAACAAGUUUGGAACAAGCUGUUAACACCCUGUAACAACCUUGUUGAUAUCAUCAUCAAGCUUGUUACAACGUUGUUCCAACAAGUCCGAUACAGUCAUGAUAUAGCAGUAUUGUUACAACCUUGUAACAUUCUUGUUUAUCAUGACUGUAUCAGACUUAUAAUUGUUUUUGUUUGUGGAAACACCACGUAAAUUUAUUACUGCAAAACUUUCGAUCCGUAAGCCCGGAUCUUCAUCAGUGCUAAUAAUAUGUAUCAGACUUGUUAGAACAACCUUGUGACAAGUCUGAUAAUACCAUCAAGCUUGUUACAAGUUGUUAACAGCUUGCUCCAAACUUGUUACAACAACUGGGAACAAGCAGUGCGAACACAACUUGUUGACGGCUUGUGAACAGAUUUUUAACAACUUGUUUGCAGACCUGGAACAACUUGUGCGUUUUUACGUGUGUAGCUUAACCCUAGGUUAAUCUAAAAUUCAAAGCAAACUUGCUAAAAGGCUUGUUUAUUAAAUUGGAAAUAGAAAUACAUAAACUAAAACAGCAGGUUAAAUUUUAAUCCAGGGUUAGCGCUAACCCAGGUUUGAACAACCGGCCCCAGAAGUGACGUAAUUUUCAAACAAUGAAUUAUUGACCAAAAAGUAUCCCACAAUGGCAUUCCUUUGUAUUAAAAACUGCAUGACGUAUAAAGCACUUCUUAGGUCUAUUAAGCAAAAACUAAUGUUGCAAAAUUUGCGUUUAAAGUUUUUUUAUUGUACAAUAGUUCUUAUUUAGUGUUUUGCAUUAUGGUCUAGUUUUAGAUUUAUUUUUGUUAAUUAAUGACCAAGAAUAAGGCUUGACAUUUUUUAUUAAAAACGACGUUUCGGAGUUUACUCCAUCAUCAGGUUAAAAGACUAUACAAUGUAUCAAUAAGAG